CUCUCUCUCUCUCCCUCUCCCUCUCUCUCUCACUCUCUCUCACUCUCCGCUCGCGAGAGAGGCGAGAUUCCUGGCAGGCCGACCGGUGGCUAGAAUACCUGUUGCGCCGUUGCUCUACGUGCUCUCGCGAGGAGAUCGACGUGUGGUGCGCAGUUCGCGGUGCGAGACUACGACGACGACGACGACAACGACGACGACGACGACGACGGUGACGUUUGUGACGCUGAGGGAUCAUGGGGCCGAUGUGGCGGCUGUUCGCGACGGUGUUGUUGUUAAUGAUGCAUUCUGCUUCGCUUGACGCCCAUCGUGAGCACAAGGUUCACAACAUCGUGCUGUAUCCGGAUAAGCACAGUUGGUGCAAGACAACGCCCAUAAAGCAAGUGGUGACAUGGCCCCAAUGUUCCUCGCAGGAAUUGGACAACAACGUAUGCGUCGGCGCCUGUUUCUCCUACAUGGUGCCUCAUAGCGAGCCCUCCGCGCCUGGUGACCUCAUAAGACCUUACUGUGACUCGUGUCAGCCUCUGGAUAGCGUUUGGCACACUGUUACGCUAGAUUGCAAGGACGAGCAGAACAAUCCGAUGACCAUGCAGAAGAAGGUACAAAUUAUUACAAAUUGCUCGUGCAGCUCCUGCAUGGAAACUUCGAAGAUCAAACCAGACUACAAUACCUUGCUACAAUCGUUGACGGAGGAAAACUUGGACAAGAACGUGAACGUGGCGCACGAGACACCCGAUAUACUGUUAGAUCCGAAUUUGAACGCUUCGAAGAACAACACAAGCAAAGACGGAGCGCAGACUAAUGAGCGAUUCCUGCAGCUUUUUAAGAAGUUUAACGCGCAGAAACUCGACGAGGCCGACGUGAAGGAGCUGUUCUCUCAGGAGAAGGAAGUCGAUCAAGAGAAGCUGAGGGAACUACUGAAAAAGUACAGCCAGGAGGAGCAGGAGAGCCGACACGAACACCACCAUCAGCACCAGCACCAGCAUCAGCAUCAGCAUCAGCAUCAGCAUCAACAUCAACAGCAGCAGCAGCAGCACCUUCAUCGUGGGCCUCAUCACUCCUUGGUGUUGGACUCGGACGUGAAGGAGAAGAUCGACGUGGAGCCGCACUACUUGCAGCCGGCCGUUGCUGGCCAGGAGAUCAGUUAUCACGACAAUAUCCUGGUGGAUAAGGAGAAGAAGAAGGAGUUCUAGACAGAGUCGGGGAGUGGACUCACCGGCUGGAUGUCGCCUUCGUUUGCCAUGCUCGCAAAAUUCGGUUGGUCGAAUGGUCGCGGUUUUGUGGGGAACGCGCGUGUAUACGUUAUAUAGAUACUUUGAUAAGCGAGCAGUUUCGAUAUAGCUAGUCUAUCAUCUGAUUAUCUUAAUUAAGGUAAUAUUCGAGGUAGCGAUAAUAUUGGAUCGUGAGAUAUUAAUUGUUGAGCUAUUUAUUACGAAUCACCACAAUUGUAUUUUCCGAAAAAGGAAUAUUAUACGUAUCUUCUUUUUCUGUUUCUGGGAAAAUUUCUUAUCACGAGGAAUUCUUAUCGUACGGAGGAAAAGACGGCACGAAGAACGAAAUAAACGGACAAACCGGACACUUCCAAAUUAAUUCUAUACUCGCUAUUGAAGACUCGAGAGAAAGAAAGAGAUAGAGAGAGAAACACUUAGCAGAAGCGUGCUCGAGAGGGUGGAGAGAUUAAGUGCGAGAAAAUUCUAAUAUAUAUUUAAUUGUUAUUAUGUUAAUUAAUUAUUUAAAUAGCCGGAGAACAAUCGGACGUUCGCUCGACUUUGGAACAGCGAGUGACGUCAGCGAGAGAUUUAUAUCUCCAUCGAUAAAUUUAACAUAUGGGUAACGCUCUCGACAUUUCGUCGACUGCUGCAGAAUAUACACCUGUAUUAUUCUCCUAGAGAAUAAAUAUCAUCAAUGAUACUA